CUACUGUUCACCAGACUGUGUGAACAGUAAGCCGUGCUUCAAUGGAGGAAUCUGUGGUGGAUCGAGUAGACCUUUCUACUGUACUUGCUUACGUGGUUUUACCGGGCCCAACUGCGAAAUAAAUCUAAUGACUAAAGUUGCAUGUAAAUCCACUUACAUGGAGGUAGUGCUAUACAAGACGUACUUUCCUAACGUUKACUGGAGAAAUCUUCACCUCAAUGACCAAGCAUGUCGAGCAAACGAUACUGGCAACACGAUUACUCUCCGUACAGCUUUACAAGGCUGCGGUACUAUUCCUAAAGAAGGCAAUGAAACGCUGAUGUUUGAGAAUAAGGUGAUGGAUGAURAAAGCCACGUCAACCAAUCUGCAGUAAUAACACGUGAUAGUAUCAUUGUUUUACCAUUUCACUGCAAAUAUAACAGACGACAAGUCGUUAGUACUAGCUUUAAUGCKUCAAAAGAGAUAGUUCGUGCUUCUGAAGGAAACUUUGGUAACUUCACGUUCAUGAUGAAUAUCUACAAGUCUGAUGGUUACCAGGAAAAGUACCAGCAGGAUGAAUAUCCUGUGUCUGUGGCCCUUGAUCAAACACUUUGGAUACAAUAUAAAGUCACCAACACAAUUGGAAAUCUGGUGGUGUUUGCUGAGAAUUGUCGUGCAACGUUAUCAACGGACCCAAAUUCAACUCCGCAGUACGAGUUUUUAACAAACGGCUGCCCCAAGGACGACACCAUGCUUUACACUUAUAGCCGAAGCAGUUCUGUACAGCGGUUUUCCAUCAAGUCGUUCCGUUUUCUCCACACUAGCAAUAGACUAGUCUACCUUCACUGCCAUCUGAUGGUUUGUCAUCGUAACUCUGCCAACUCGAGGUGUUCACAAGGUUGUAUUGGGUCAAGAAGACGUCGUCGUGAAGCUAAAGAUUACGAUGAUACCAGUAAUGCGUAUGACUUAUCGACUGGUCCGCUUUCUGGACAGAAAAUCGGCGGUGAAACCGACCAAAACAAAGGUUCKGAGGAAAAGGUCACAGGCAUGGCUAUUGGUCUUGGUCUAUUGGGAGGUGUGUUGGUAGUUAUUGGUGCAGUCGUUGUAUUGAAGUUCAUCAGCGCAAAAGUUUUGAAAUCAAGAAAGGUAGGAUCUGCUCCUGGGUACGAGGUUAAGACCAAAGAUGAGUCAGCGGUUUCUCAACCUGAUGAACCUCCUCCUCCUUACGUGAUCACUAAUGCUUUUGAUGGACCAGCGGCUUUCAGGCUUGAUGAACUAACUAAACCACAUGACCUUGAACUUUGAUCACAAUCCCCARAUUCAUAGAUGAUCAUUGCUGUUAGAGUGAUCGCACUUAAUCCGUGCAACUGUACAAACUAAAUAUUUCUCAUUUAGUUGUAUUUAGUAAAUSGUGCAUGCAGUACGCAAAUUACAUUGAAUUGAUGCAAAUGAAGCAUUCAAUACCGUCUUGCUUCAGGUCCACUUUUAGUACAAAUUAAUACUACUUWGAUUUUGUACAGUUUCACGCUUUAKCGAUCACUCUAGCAAAUCAUUCAUUUGUAGGUAAUAGAGUACAAACACUAAAACUGUGCAAYAUAAAUACCACUAAAUACUGCUAAUGUAUGCUAAUUCUAUUGKUUUCUAUUGUAACACUAUUUUGUAGUAAAUAGUGCAAAGAAUUGCACGCUYUUAGUGUUUGYACUCUAYUAGGUACCAAAUGGUACUAUAUUUUGUAGUCUAUAUGGGCCCCUGUAUCAUUUGGUCCUCAGAUAGAAGGUCAAAACCUUGUAGUCUAAGCUUACUUAUGCACUCGAAUUGAAGCAUUAGGAUUUAAAGAAGUGAGUGUAUGCACUACUCRACAUUUGAUACAACUUUUAUUAAUCAAUAAUUAUUGUAGGCUGAUCCUGGCAUUUAGAGUACACGUAUUUAAUGCGUGAAAUUGUAGGGUWAAAAAGAACAAAAAUGGAACAAAUUUCCACUGCUUCUGYAACUAAGGCGGAACAACCUUUGACCGGCCAUUGCUCGCGAUGAGCGCCAUCUAGACUACUAAACAGUGAAAGGGAAUUGGUUCAUGGAUUUAGYUCGUUCACUGUACCUAGAAAUUUGCUUUCUACUGAUAAUAAGUAUCAAGUAAGUUGUCUAGAAGGCGUGAUCUGAUUGGUGGUCAGGCAUCUAUCAGCUUAGCUUUUUAUUAAUAGUAAUCACAAAGCUUUUUAGAAGGCGUGAUCUGAUURGAUCGCGUGCUUAAAUUGUAMAAUCACUAGCUCAUUAAUCGAACCUAAAUAUGAAUUGUAMUCUCUCAGAUUGGCUGCUCAGGUAUCUAUGAAGUUUGCUAUUUAUUAAUAGUAGAACUGAUAGUAAUCAAAAGGUAUUUAGAAGGCGUGAUCUGGUUGGCUGGUCAGGUCUAUAUCAGCUUUGCUUUUUAUUAAUAAUAAUCAAAUCACUAGCUCAUUAAUUAAUCGAGCCUAAAUAUGAACUGUAAUCUCAUUAAACCACAGACUUUUGAUUGUC